GUUGGGCGUUCAUACUGCCGUACAUGAUCACUCUGCAAUUCAACAUCACCAACAUCCACAACACCAUACAUACCACUUCACCACCAUCACCAACCCAAUCCACCGUAGCUCAACAUCAACCGAUCAUGGCAACAUCAGAUCUCCCUCCCAAAAUGCGCGCCUGGACACUCACCUCCGCCGGCCUCACCCUCUCCCCUUCUCAUCCCCUUCCCGGCUCAGCCCCACCCACUGCCUCCUCCGCAACCACCCAGUCCCCGCCAACCAUCACCGGCAACAACCUCCUCCUCAAAAUCACCCAUGCGGCACUCAACCCCGUCGACUUGCACAUCCUCCGCUUAUUUCCGCACUGGCUUCCCUUCCGUCGAAACCCCACGCCUGGAUUCGACUUUUGCGGGCGAGUUGUCGGCGCCGGACCCGAUGUGGACACCAACGAGUUCACAGUGGGCGACGUAGUCUGUGGAGCUCUGGGAGCAGGGGACGUCUUUUGGGGCAAAGGUUCGCUGGCCGAGUACCUCCUCGUCUCCUCCUCGCUGGUAGCCAAAAAGCCAAAGACAUGGGGAGGACUCAACGGGGGGAAUGAGGUGAGUGGGGAAGAAGCAGUGGGGUUGUUUGGCAUCGCGGGACAAACGGCUGUUCUCAUGGCGCAGACCGCUGGUGUCUCGUCAGAUGCGGACUGGAAGGGGAAGCGAUGCCUGGUUAAUGGCGCCAGUGGCGGCGUGGGGAGUAUCCUCACGCAGAUUCUCAAAGGAAAGGGGGCAGAAGUAUGGGGGACUACAGGUUCUGCGGAAGGCGAGGAGUUGGUGACGCAGUGCGGAGGAAAGGUGGUUAAUUACAAGGAUCAUCACCCCGUCACUGCUCACUUGGCCGAGCUGUUUGGGGAGGAUAAGUUGGAUUUCAUCUUUGAUUGCGCAGGAAGCCAGGAUAUGUUUUCUCAAUCGCCGGGGUAUUUGAAGAAGGAGGGGAAGUUUAUCAGUAUUGCUGGGGGACCAUCGCAGGGUGUUGUUCCCUAUGUCAAGAAUAAGUUGAGGCCCGUGUGGUUGGGUAGGACGCCGAGGGAGUUUGAGUUGUUGUUGUUGAUCCCCGGAAAGAAAACUGUGAGGGAGGUGGGGAGGUUGGUGGAGGAGGGGUUUAUUGAAAGGGGCUUGGUGGAUGGUGGGGUUUGGGAGAUGGAGGAGUUGGUGAAGGCUUAUGAGAGGCUGGGCAGUGGGAGGGCGAAGGGAAAGGUUGUUAUCAGGGUUGGGGAGUAGGACGAGCCGGGAUCGGUCUCGAGGUUCCACACGACAGUCGACGAGUGAUCACAGAAGCAACAUAGAAAAAGUUCACGAUGAGUUUGGAUCAAAGCAGCUCGGGACUAUGGUGUGAUUUCAUUACUGUCAUCAAAUUAAGAUCCGUCAAUAUCGUCCAUAUCGUACACCUCAUGAUUCAUUAUCCUCC